AUGGGACAAAUACUUUCUAAUCCUGUUAUUGAUAAAGAAAGAAGCGAGGGUUCAGAUGAGUUUACUGCCUUCGGGUUAUGUGCUAUGCAAGGUUGGAGAAUGUCUAUGGAAGAUACACAUCUGACAGAACCUGAUGUACUCGAUUCUAAACAAGAUAAACUAGCAUUAUACGCUAUAUUUGAUGGGCAUGGUGGAAGUGGUGUCUCUACGCGAUGUACUACAAAGAUGACACCCUUAAUUAGACAUUUACUGCAUCAUUCCUUCGCUGAAUAUAUUAAUGUUGAUGGUAAAACUAUUGAUUAUAGAAAAUUAUUAAUAAAAACUUUCUUAGAGAUUGAUGAAGAUAUAUCUAAGAAUCAAGAAUUAGUUAGAGAACAAAGUGGUUCAACUGCGACAGUUGUACUCAUUUCAAAGAAACUAAAUAGAAUUAUAUGUGCAAAUGCAGGUGAUAGUAGGACUGUAUUAUCCGCAGAUGGGGUAGCCAAAGCAUUAUCAUUUGAUCAUAAACCUAAUCUAACUAAUGAAAUUAGUAGGAUUGUUGCCGCAGGUGGUUAUGUUGAAAUGGGGAGAGUCAAUGGUAAUUUAGCUUUAUCUCGAGCAGUGGGAGAUUUUACUUAUAAGGGUGACACUUCAUUACCACCACAGGAACAAAUUGUUACAGUCUUACCAGAUGUCAUUCAACAUACUCUAAAUUAUCAAUCUGAUGAAUUUCUUAUCUUAGCAUGUGAUGGUAUUUGGGAUUGCCUAUCGUCACAAGAUUGUGUCAAUUUAAUUCAUUUCGGUAUAAAUAAAGGAAACAUGUCGUUAACCGAUAUUUCCGCUCGAAUUAUUGAUGUUUGUUGUGCUCCUACAAUUGAAGGUACAGGUAUCGGUUGUGAUAAUAUGAGUAUCACAAUUGUAGCUUUAUUAAAAGAUGGCGAAUCUAUUGAUCAAUGGUUUCAACGAAUCAGAAUGAAAAAUAUACCUGAUACAAUAUCAUUUGAACAACGUAGACGGAUGAUUUAUGCGCAAUAUUUACCAAAAGAUCGUAAUCAAUUAUUUGCCAUUACUACACCAACAACAGAUUUUCAAGAGACGCGUGAAUUGACUCAUAAUAUUAAUCCAAGUUUCCAAACAGUGACAGAUUCUACACAACCAUUUAAUAGUACGAUGAAAUCAGAGCUUGAGGUUGAAAAUGACAAUGAUUUUGGAAAUAAAGAAAUACCUAUCCCCAAACCACAAAGAGGUUCAUUGGACCUAUUUGAAAUUGAAAAAAUAAUUGAAAGUGGUAUUAAAGAAAAGGAGCAACCUGAAAAUUCUAGAGAGAAUACGAGUAACGAGAAAAAUAAAAACAAUAAUGAAAAACAUUCAAUUUUUAAUCGUGGAACACUUGGUAACAUGCUAACAUCUUUUACUACGGCUGCAAUCGGUGAACCUGCCCCCUUUCUUAGUGAAGAGGAAGAAGAAAGUGAAAAAGAGACCCAACAGAGCAAAAAAUAA